CUAAGCUGGAGCCAGCUUGAGUCUGUUUCUCUUCUUCUCUCGGCUGGCCGCGCCGCUGUCCCUGUCCAUCCAACGCCCCUCCGCUUUCUGCGGUCUAUGUAGGGCUGGUCCAGAAGGACUGCCGCUAGCGGUUGUAUUCGUCGGAACAUCGCUGAGUCCUCCGACGCGCUCCUGGCGCUGCUCUGAGAACUGGAUAUGCUGGGCCUAGCACCCCUCCGCUCUGCGCCUCUUCCUAUCCGCGCCUCCGCCACCGCCUGCGGCCGAAAUACCUCGCAGCAGCUCGCCAAUGGCUGCCAACUCUCUCUUCUCGCGCCAGAGGCGGCCGAAGGUGACACGGCGCUGCCGGAGAACAUGCACAAGUGGAGGAUGGUCAUCGCCUACGAUGGAACAAAGUUCAAAGCUAUUGCUCCUCAUCCAGGAGUGGCCCAUUUCUCUAAAUGGUCGUGCAAAGCAAUCAAGGGGUUUGAUAAAGAUGAGAAAGGGGCUGAAUUCUUUGAUUAUCCUGGACGCCUGGCAAAUCUGGAAGCAUCACAAUGUUGGCAGUAUCAACCAUCAAUUCCAACAAUACAAUAUUUUCUAGAGGAUGCGCUGAUAUGCAUCACUAAGCUGGAUCGGAAGAAACUAUGCUUAGUCGGUGCAGGCAGGACUGAUACAGGUGUUCAUGCAUGGGGUCAGGUGGCACAUUUUACUACACCCUUCAGUUACAGUUGCCUCAGUAGUAUUCAUUCUGCAAUGAAUGGACUCCUUCCUCCUGAGAUUCGAGUCAGGGAAAUUAGUGCAGCACGUCCUGAAUUCCAUGCUCGCUCAUCCACAAAGAGCAAAGUCUAUCGCUACAAGAUCUAUAAUGAAGCAAUCAUGGAUCCCUUUCAUAAUCACUAUGCUUAUCAUAGUGCUUAUAAACUUAAUCCCCAUGCCAUGCAGGAGGCUGCAAAUUAUUUUGUUGGAAUCCAUGACUUCACGUCUUUUGCUAAUGCUGCACAUAAUGACGGUGAGCGCAGGCCCACAAAGAAGAUAACACGUUUUGAUGUUACUGAAAUGGGUGCUGUCUUACAGCUCGAGGUUGAAGGCACCGGUUUUCUGUACAGACAAGUGAGGAACAUGGUUGCUUUGCUGCUUCAAGUCGGAAAGGAAGCACUUCCUCCUGAUAUCGUUCCAGCGAUCAUUGCGGCCAGGGACCGCAAAGAACUGGCGAAGGUGGCCUUGUCAGCACCACCACAUGGAUUGUAUCUCAUGUCGGUUAACUAUGACGAGGAAAUCCUGAAGCCUCCUGAAGGUUCCCCUCCAAUUUCGUUUGGCAGAACUCAUCAUCUUAGUAAGUGCAAACUUACGUUGUAUUAAUUUGUUACAGAUGAAUUGUCUUCCAGAAAUGUAUCAUCUUUUAGUUUCCGUUGCCUCCUAGGAUUUUCUUGGUUCAGAACUGUCAACCGUGGGCUCUCAUGGCCUGCUAGUUUCUGCUAACGGACCAAAGUACUCUUUUGUACUGUCUGAGGUAAUUGUUUAUUCGGCUGGACAGGCUCCGUUUUACUGAA